UAUAUUAAGUGUUGACAAACAACAUGCGGUUAAUUUGCAACAUGAUUGUAUAUUUUAUUUAUUGUAUUAUUUUAUAAUUAUAUUUUGCUUUGAUUUUUACUUUUGAUUGAUACUUGAUAUUUGAUUUUAUAUUUCAAUGGCAGUUUUGCAUCGUGCAUUAUUUACGUGGUUCAAUCUUUUGAUAUUUCUGAUUUUACUUGUUUUGAGACUUGAUCAAAGAAUACAAUGGAAUUGGUUCAUAGUUUUUAUUCCAAUGUGGUUGUACGAUCACAUACUUUUGGUUUAUAUUGUUUUCAAUAUGAUUUCUCAUUGUAAAAAUGGACGAGUUGUUAAUUUACGUCGAGAAGUAUGGUAUAUGACAGCUGUAUUUAUGAAAUUAAGCGCUCAAAUUUUAAUAUGUUUGAAAUUAGAAGCACCUCAUUGGUUUCUACCAGCAAAAGUUGUUUUGGCACCAUUUUGGAUUCUUCUUCCUGCAUUAGCAGUUGAUGUUUUUGUACAUCUGAUACAUCAUUAUCGAUAUUAACUAUGAACUAUAAAUCAUAGUUAAUUCCUAAAUAUUAUGGUAAGU